GUCAAAAGUGGCGUUUCGAUUAUCCGUGGCAUUUUGCAUUUUCGGAAUGAAGUACUUCUGUAUUUGUUGGAUGACGUUUUUGCCACAUAAAUAACCCAUCGUAUUCACCGUCACCGUUAAGAAGUUGCGCUAAGCCAAACACGUACCAGUGGUCCGUACUGCCCUUGCCGUGUAGUGAGUGUUAAAACUUAAGCAAAGGCAAAAAGAUGAAGGAACCGGACGCGGAUGGGAGUGUCCCUACCGAUAGGCCCCAGGAGAUGUCGAUGGCAACACGGGAAGUGCAAACGCAGCAGACGGAGAUAGCGGCUUCGAUCGUACGCUCCAGUUUGGCAGAGAUAGAAACGCAAGCGUCCGCUAUGUUGAACCAUCUCGAGUACGUGAGGGGCGGGCAAAAGCAAACGCAACCGCCACAGCAACCGAGCAGGGAUUCAUCCGAAGAAUCACCCACUGAAUCGUACGGACUCAAUCCGACGAAGAAACCACAUACGGAGGUGCUUGCCUCGCUGGAACAGCUGCUCACGAGCUUGCUUGCGGAGGAGGAUGGUAGUGUGGAGCAGCAAGAAUUUGUGCUGCCUCCGCUGGACGAAGCAUCCCAUCUAGCGAUUCUACAGCACUCGACAGCCGCCUAUCUUAGUGCGCUCGAACGACACCAGCUGGCACGGGUUGUAUCCCGACUGGCAACCGAUACGGUUAGAUGGCUCGGUGGGUUGUUUAAAUUCACCGAAUGUCACGCAAACUACUGUCGGGAUGAUGCCGAAUGCACACUGCAAGCAAUCCGGCUAGCGCUCGUCCACCAGCAGGGUGAGGCACGUGCCGAAGCGCGACCAUCCGGACCACCGUCCGCCCACACUAUCUAUCUGUCCGAACUGAGCCAGCUCUUCACGGUGCAGCACGCCUGCCGGUACCUCGGAUUGCCCCUUUCGUGUAUUCGCAUCGUUCCCUGUCAGCGAGCGGAAGACGCACAGGAUGGAUGCGGUGGGCGGAUGGAUUUGCAGCAGCUAAACAACAUGCUGACGAUGGAUGAAGCGGCCGGACGGCAACCGCUGUUGCUGCUGGCUACCAUCGGCAAUCCGCUCACCGGUGUGUCGGACGAUUUGCUAGCGCUAAGCUCAAUUUGUACCUCACAGCGCAUCUGGCUACACUGCCAAGGGCUUGGGCUGGCUGGACUUGCACUCGCUUCCACCUGGUUAGACAAGUCCAAACGAUUGCUUAGCUCAAUGACGCUCAGCUUGAACAGUUGGCUCGGUCUGACCGGUGUUCCAUCCGUGCUGGUGCACAAAGCGCGUGCGUCCACCGUUAAACCAAGCACCGUAUUCGACAGUGAUCCGAUCCUAUCUAACCGUGUGUCCUGCCUGAGUGUUUGGUCCGUACUGCAGGCACUCGGGGCGGACGUCGUGAUAGAACGCAUCUUUUUCGCAUUCGAAUCCUGUCAGGCACUCGGCAAGAUAUUGCUGCAAUUCGAAGGCAUUAAUGUACUGAGCAAGGUAGCGAUUCACGACUCUAGCGAACAGUAUCGUCAUGAUCUUGAAAAUUCUGCUAAUUUCGACAUGCUUUUCGAGCAAAGCAUACCGGUGCUACUGUUUCAGUUUGAUGGUCAUACGGACAGGCGUAAUCGAACGGAAUCGGAUACGGAGCAGACAACAGCAAAAGCGAUAGAAACAAUGUCAGCAACACCGUCGCCAGAUGCAGAACCGAAACCAGUAACGCAGAACGUUGAGAAAACUUCCUCCAACGCCCAGUACUACGAUCGCCUUAACAGCUGGCUCGGGCAGAUCCUGUUGCGUGACUGCGGCCAGCUAAGUCUGGAGAUGAUUGAACACGAACAGCACGGUAUCUGCAUCCGGUACUGUCCGUUUGUGCCCGGGUACAGUGAGCAAGUGCCACGGCUAACGUCCGACAUACUUGCCACGUUUGCCGGCUGUAUCGAAACGCAGAUCGAAAUAUUACACUCGACGAUCCGGCACCGGGCACGGUUCCAGCGGCUGGUCGCCGAGAGUGGUGUUUUGCGGCUGAUCGAGCUGCACGAUUGGGCCGGUCUCGGUGGUGUGUACUAUGUGCCGGAAGGUUGGGAAACGCUGCUCACCGACCAGGCAAAGGGUGAGCUGAACAAGCUCAAUACGGCGCUGGUUGAGGCGCUGCAGGCAACCGAUAGUGCAUUUUCCCACGCCGAAAGUAGCGAUGGGUUGAUCUGUGUUAGAUUCGGCAUGGUAACGAGCGAAACGGAUGUGGAGGAGCUGCUGGAACUGGUGGUGCAUACCGCACGCGUUGUGCAGGAAAAUUCCAAAAUCCUUGACACGAUGUCGGAAAUACUAAAGAAAGGCAUCGAGGCGGCCACGAUCGAUCUACAACGAGAGGCGGAGGAAAAGCUAUGGCAGGAAGGUAUAUUGCGGCAGGUGCCGCUGGUCGGGCGUGUCGUUAACUGGUGGUCACCGCCAGCGAAGGAAACUGGCAUGAAGGGUCGUAGCCUUAACCUUACGCAGGGUGUCGUUGAGAGUACGGAAAACAUUUACAAGUAUCACAUGCAGAUGACGCCGAAAACGUCCCAUCAGCUGCCCGGCAACAAAGGUCCACCGGCACCGCUCGUGCAGAAAGCAAUCAAUGCCGAUCCGGAUGAACGAUCCGUUCAACAUUCGCGCAAUGCCAGCUCGAGCAGCGAAUUGUCCGGUACCGGUUCGGCCGGUCGCACCAUCAUUCCCGUGCUACCGAAAGCAGCACCCCAGCAAUCGCCAACACAACCGUCACACGCGUCUCCUCCGGCAGCAACGAAACCGGCAACGCCAUCGAAUGCAAACAUGGCCGUUGCGGAGCCGCAGCUCACCUCGGCGCCGAACGAUGGUGCUACAACCGAACCGUGAAAACGGUAAACACUGACCAUUAACCACACAAACCAAGUGCGGAUGGGAAAUGGUCAUGCUACAAAAACAAAAAAACAAACCAUUUUACCCCGCACCGGGAGCUAUCGAGUUCACGUUUACCAAAGCUUUUCGUUUGUUAAAGGUUUUAAGCUGUACAACCUGCCUGUUUUUUAUUUUAUUUUGGUUUCGUAUUUUUGUGCUAUAGAAGGACACUGCUCUGUUCUUUGCAAAAAUCCCAAACCCCCUUUUCCCCCUCUAUCCACGUCCCACCCCAUGGAACACACCAUUCCAUUAUAGAUUGUAAUUCUAAAACAAAGUGUAUAGAAUUGUGGACAGCGAACAAGCAGCAGUUCGUGCGUGCUCUGUUCGGGCACACGCGUCAUCUUGUCUAUCUUUUAUGUUUUGGGUUUUGUUACAAUUUAAACAAUUACAACCGUGCUUACUAGUAUUAUUACAUAGUUGUGUGCUCAAAUUAGCACUCGCACAGAAUGAAGCAUUUGUGUGAAGGGUUUGAUUGCGGAAUAGGAAGAAAGGUGCAACUCGGUUCACGCACAUUUCCGGUUCUUGAGUAUUGUUGUUAUCUUUGUUUACUUCAUUGAUUUUAGUUUUAAUUUACGAAGUAAAAGACCUCACCUUAUGGCCACACAUAAAACGUGGUGUAGUAAAGAAAGCACCGGGGGCGUAGAGUAUAGGGCAAACGAAACAACAAAACAAACACAAUAGAAUGCAAGCAUCUGCUAAUGAUCAUUUGGCGUUACGGCCUGCUUAAUUAUGUGUUUGGAAAUUAUGUACGAAAUUGGUGGAACGACGUCAGCUUUAUAAAAAAAAACGCUACUCUGUUCCUUUUCCGUACUAAUUGUUAUUCAAAAAACGAAUUCUUACGAAAAAAGUUCGUAGUAACGAUGUUUGGAACCAGGUUUAAAAAAACCCUUUCUAGCUGUUCCAUUCCCUUUGAGGAGUAAACGAAUUCAAACUUCUCCUUGUUUUGUUCGGAAUAUUUCCCAUCGCUAGUGUUAUUCGUAUUAUUUGCUAGAUACACACAACACUUAUAUGAUUAUCGCACGGUGCAUUGUAAGGAUGUGCUCCCUUUAUUUGUUUUAUCGAUUUAUUUUAUUAAAUCCUUUCAACACAUCCUAACCCCCCCCAUUCCCUACACAUAAUUAAAGAAAAAGCCCCCCUCUAUCCCACGAUACAACGAGUUAAAUAUUUGCGGAUGUUUCGGCAAAGAAUACUAUAAACCGCAAUAAUAGCAGCAAUCAAAAUUAAGCCCAUUUAACAAUUAAACUUAUAUGCGAUGACGCACAUACAAAUAUACGAUUUUGUAGCAAUAAUACAAACAUCUACACCAAACACAUACAAACACACACAGACACACGAAAACGAAUGUGUUGUUAAAAAAAAGAAACAAACAUGCAAAGCAAUAUACGGAGAUAUAGAAAGUUACAUACACAGAUAUACAGCAUGCAUUUUAGAAGCCAUUUUGUUUUUAAACACAGUAAAACAAAAACAUGAUAAUAGUUGUUAUUGAUAACGAUAGCGAUGAAAUUCUAUGUUACCUCUUUCUCUCUCUCUAUCUCUCUCUCUCUCCCUCUAUUUCUCUCUCUCUCUAUCUCUCGAUCUCCUUCGAUGUUCGAUUUUUGUUUUUGUCCUGCAACGCACUUGUUUGUUAUCAUGUAUUUGUAAAUAAGCGAAUAAAAACGUGAUAAAACCUUU